AUUCCCAAGUCAUAAAAGGCUCCAGCAAUGCCUGUUGUUUGCAAGAUAUAAGCCCCACGAUAAUUUUUACGCGGAUCCUCUCGAUUUCUCUCCAGUACUCGAUUCGAACACAUUCGAGGUUGUCCACAUCGACUUUGCCGCUCAUAGGACGAAGCCCGGUGGCGCACCUUCUGUGCCGGCCACCAAACCACGUGAUCUGGAACAGGACGAUUUUAAGUCUUGUGGUCGAGAACGUAUUCGGCCACCAACGAAGAGCUUUGAGUAUCUCCCGGAUAUCAGUGGAAUAAAGCUUCGCAACGAUAUAAAGCCUCUUCAUAUCAUACAGCCAGAAGGCCCCAGCUUCAAGGUCGACGGUCAUGUCUUGGAAUGGCAAAAAUGGAAAAUGCAUAUUGCCUACAGCAGCCGUGAAGGGAUUGUAAUCUCUACGGUGACGUAUAACGACAACGGCGAGAUCAGACCUCUCUUUUAUAGGUUAUCCCGACGACUCUCCAGGAGCGAGAACAUAGACAUUGAGUAUCCCAGUCAAGCGAAUAGCGAAUGA